UUCUUCUUGAACUGCGGAUCACAGCAAUAGGCCAACCCGCGUGUAUAUGCGUAUAUAUGUAGUUUGUCCAAUUGGAGCUGCCGUACAACUUCUGCAACCGCUCACACUUUCGUCAAUCAUUCUUCCCGAUUUAUACUGGACGUCCCGAAGCCUCGACACAGCACAUCCGUCGCCACUUUACUGGAGUUAAACAUCAUUCUUCAAAUCUUCGCGUCCGUGUAACUGUCGUCUCGGUGCACGUUGAAGCUUCUCUAGCUAGCUGAACUUAGCUUAGCUUGCUAGCCGCGAACAAAGAGACGCGUUCGUUAGCAACACGGCGCUCGACGGAGCUCAAGUGUGGCAAAUGUGUGCAAAAAGGGUCAAAGAAGAAGAGCACGAGGAGGAACUUUGUGGAUCGAAAGAGGAGAACGAACGACAACGGCAAAGACUGGACUCCGUGUUCGAGAAGCCUCGAGACGUGUUGGGCCGAGCAGAUGAAGAAUAUUUUCAUCCUCAGCAGCAGGAGCCGGCGUCCUCGCACAUUAAGGAGGAGGAGGAGGAGGCGGAGGCCCUUAACAUUAAAGAAGAGCAGGAGGACAAUAUCACCAAGUUGCAAUUGACGGUCGUCGUUUUGAAGAGUGAAGGUGACGAAGACGACGACAGCGAGAAGAAUGCGGGGAGCGGCGGCUCGAGUCAACGCGUGACAACCGAAGGUGACGGAGCCCGCCUGUGAACAAUCCCAAGCAGAUGGCCUCAUGGCGCCGCUAUCCGAUAGCGACGACAUCACGUCGCACUCUUCUUUCGCUGAUGAGGGUGAUGAUGAAGAAUCUUCAACAAGUCGCAUCGAAACACACACGGGAGAAAAAGCGUUUGCCUGUUCAGUGUGUGCUCAAAGAUUCUCGGAAAAGCGAAACUUGAGAAAACACACAAAAACGCACACUGGAGCGAAGCUUUUUGCAUGCUCAGUUUGCGCUCAAACAUUCGCUCGGAAGGGACAUUUGAACGCACACACGAGAACACACACUGGGGAGAAACCUUUCGUCUGCUCAGUUUGUGGUCAAAGAUUCUCGGUGAAGGCAAACUUAAAGACACACACGCGAACACACACUGGGGAGAAACCUUUUCCCUGUUCAGUUUGUGGCAAAAGAUUUACCGAGAAAGGACAUUUGAACACACACGCAAGAACACACACUGGGGAGAAACCGUUUCCUUGCCUAGUUUGCGGGAAAAUAUUCUCUCGGAAGGCAUAUUUAAAUAUACACGUAAGAGCACACACUGGUGAGAAACCGUUCGUCUGCUCAGUUUGCGGUCAAAGAUUCGCCGUGAAGGGAAACUUAAAAACACACACACGAACACACACUGGCGAGAAACCGUUUUCCUGUUCAGUUUGUGGGAAGCGAUUUGCCGAGAGAGGACAUUUGAACACGCACGCAAGGACGCACACUGGGGAGAAACCUUUCGCCUGCUUAGUCUGCGGGAAAAUAUUUACUCGGAAGGCAUCUUUAAAGAUACACGCGAGAGCGCACACUGAAGAGAAAACUUUGUAAUCUUUUCAAAAGCAGUUCAGGCAGGCAGUACGACUUGAUAUGACGGUUUAUGAUUUGAUUGAUGUUUUUUUCUGUUAUGAACUGUAGAGUAUGAUUCUGUCAUUUGUAUAUGUAUGAAUGCAUUUGAACUCAUUAAAUACUGUAAGUCUUC